UACUCUUUCCCCACCCUCUUCCCCCUCAGACGCCUUUCUCUCUGUUUCAUAAGCUUCCUUCCUUGCCGCUCUUCCUCCCGGCGUCUGGCGGAAGACAACCCGGUCCGUGCAGUCACCCAAAUCCUUUUUCAUUGAAGAAAAAAGAGAAAGAAAGAAAAGGAAAAAAAACCCCAACAUCCCACCCAAACGAGUGUUUGAGGACCGGGAGGCCAUAAUGAAUGUGGAACAUGAAAUUAACCUCUUGGUUGAAGAAAUGCAACGCCUGGGGACAAGAGGUGCUGAUGGAAAACUAAGUGUGAAGUUUGGAGUGCUUUUCCAAGAUGACAAAUGUGCCAACCUCUUUGAAGCCCUGGUGGGGACCCUUAAGGCAGCUAAGCGUCGAAAGAUUGUAACUUACCCAGGAGAACUGCUGUUACAAGGUGUCCAUGAUGAUGUUGAGAUUGUAUUACUUCAAAAUUGAUGUAAUUUGUGUAUCUUUUGGGUAUUGUUAUUUUUGUUUCUGGUAAACUAUCGAUAGGAUUUGGAAUUGGGAGAAAAAAUAUCAAAGUGUUUAAUGUAUUUUUCUAUAACUUUGUAAUCAAAAGACUUGCAUUUUGGAAGACAGUCCUUUUUGUACUCCUUAGAACAUGUUAGCAUAUUGCGUUACAAUAUUUAAAAAAAACCAAUAACUAUUAUUUUUCUCAGGAAUACAUUUUGAAAACAAAGGAAAUGAAAUUUGUGUGUGGUUAUAUGUGGAUUUGGUUGGGGUUUUUUUUGUUUGUUUUUUGAUGGGAGGGGUAUUUGUUUUAGAAAUCCAUUUUAAAAGUGAAUCUCCUAAUUAUUGCCAUCCUGUGAAAGCAACAAAUAAUGGUGAUUUACUGAAUUUAAUGACCAAAAUCUACAAUUAAUGUGUAAUAAAGCCAUUUAUAUCACUUUAGAGUUUCCUUCUUUGUGUUUAGAUGUAUUUGUGCAUUUAAUAAUGUAAUUUACUCUGUGAAAAUAAAGUCAAAGAAAAAUAUUCUUAAACCAUAGGCUUUUAAUUUUUAAUGGUUAAAUGUCAGUUGUCCAGAUAAUACCUCGGAUAUUUUAUUCACUUUUGGGUGCUGAAUUUCAGAAAGCGAAUAGAGAAUAUACAGAAGAGGGCAACCAACAAUGGUGAAAGACUUUGGAGUCAUGCCAUACAAGAAUCAAUGGGAGGAACUAGGAAUAUUCACUUUGAAGAGAAGAUUUAGGGAAAACUUGAUAAAUGUUUUCAAGUGCUGGAAUGACUGAUCAAAUAGAAUAUUAGACUUACUCUUCUUGGUCUUAGGAGUAAUAGGUUGAAGAUAGAAAGAGACAAAUAGGCUUCAUGUAAAAA